AUGGUGGUUGUUUUCCUGCUGAUUUUAAUCAAUAGAAUAACCACCCUUUGGUUCAAUCAACCUCAGUUCUGUCCAACAGUUGAAUGGAGUAGAGAUGCAAUCACUUUUGUCAAUACAUCUACAGCUGGGAUUAGUGAGGGUGAUAUAUUUAUCGACGCAAACAAUACAAUUUAUAUUGCUGUUUCUCAAAAAAAACAAAUUCUGAUUUGGCACGAGAACACCACUUAUCCAAUGAUAAUCGGAAGAGACGAUUGGUCGCUCAUUUUCUCUAUAUUUGUUCCCAAUACCAGUGAAAUUUAUAUUAGCUUUUCUGAUAGCAAAAUUAUUAAAUGGAUGGCAAGUACGAAUACAUUUGUGAACAUUACUCACUUUCAACAACCUUGUCGAGACAUUUUCAUCGACAUCGAGAAUCAUUUAUAUUGUUCACUCUAUAAUCUGGCUGUAGUUGUGAAGACAUCAGUAAAUGGGAAAACGCCGAUGAUGAUUAUGGCUGGUAUUACGAACAUCGCUGGAUCAACUCCUGAUAAACUGUACGGUCCUUCAGGAAUCUUUGUUGAUAGAAAUUUGGAUUUAUACGUGGCAGAUACGUGGAAUAACAGAGUACAAUUAUUCUCGUCCGGGAAAAAUAUUGGAAAAACAGUGGCAGGACAAAGUUCAUCAGAUAUCACAAUUGCACUCAAGAGACCACACUCAACUGCCUUAGAUGCUGACAAAUAUCUAUUCAUUUCGGACAAUGGAAACAAUCGCAUCGUUGCGUCAGGACCAAAUGGCUUUCGAUGUUUGCUCGGUUGUAAUGGAAUGGGUAAACAACCUCAUCAAUUAAAUCAUCCGAUGGCGAUUAGUUUUGAUGUCCAUAAGAACGUAUUUGUUUAUGAUGCGGCCAAUAAACGAUUUCAAAAAUUUGAUUUACAGAUAUAUUCAUGUCAGAAUGUUCCAGUCACGACCCGAGUGACAUAUUCAUCGAUGUUAACACGAAAUCAUACAAAAUUUUCACGCACUAGAUUCUAUCAUAUAUAUUACCAUCUUGAAGCGAUAAAAGUAGUUGUCGAUAAAAAUGACUUUUACGUUAUCACUGCCAACAGUAGUAUCGAUCUCUAUGGUCAUAUAUACAAAGAUCAUUUUGAUCCAGUGGAUCCUACAAAGAAUCUAAUUGCCUGGUAUGGUAAAUGUUGCAACAAAGAUCAGUUCAACUUCACAAUUGAACUUCUUGUCGGCACGCAAUAUAUUCUAGUUGUAACGACAUACAAUCCAUAUGAUACAGGCCCAUUUUCAGUCACUGUAUUCGGUUCAUAUCCAGUUCGUUUUGAACGCAUAAGUGCUGAACAAACAAUAAUAUCAACGUACAUAUCCACACUGACAAGAAAUCAUGAACAAUAUUCUUCCACUGCUUGUAUCCCAACUGCUGAUCGGUACUAUGAAGCCAUAGAAAUGAAAGUGAAUGAGAGUGGCUUUUAUGCUAUCCCAAUCAGCAACAGUAUGAAAGUGGGUAUGUCAAUGGUCAUAUAUGAACAUCAUUUUUAUGCAUUAAUUCCCGAGGGAUAUCAAUACAAAGGAUGGUCGACCUGUGUCCCCUUGGAGACCAUCGACAUGGUUGUUGAACUUUUCAGUAACAUUCGAUAUAUAUUGGUUGUGACAACAUGUACCCCAAACAUGACAUGGGGCUUUUCAAUAAGAAUAUUUGGCAGAAGCAGUGUCAGUCUUCGACGUACAAAUGCAUCGUUAGCCACUUACUUGAAGUAUUCGUCGGAACUAACGACAGACAGCCAAGAAUAUAACAAUCUUUGCGAUCGUUCAUAUUUUUACUAUGAAACUCUACGAGUGACUGUAUCCACCGACGGAUACUAUGUUUUCUCUACUAAUAAGCGUCAAAAAGAAGACAUGUAUCUCUACAAAAAUCAUUUCAAUCCAUUGGAUCCUCACCAAAAUUUACUUUUGUCCAUGGAGCCGGUCCAUUUUUGUGUUGCUUGGAACCAUGAAGCCGCAGGAACACAUAAGCUUCAAUCUCACAUCACAUAUAUAUUAGUUGUAACAACUAAUCAACCAUUGACAACACAAGCCUUCUCAAUUAGCUUGUACGGCCCAACAAAUUUUACUCUCCAGCGCUUUAUUGACAACUCCACUUACUGCUAUGUUGGUGGUCCAUGUAACACUCAAGUCAAAGGCAUUGGUCUCACUCUCGAUGAUAUUCUUCGACUGGAAGUCAAUCGAAAUAUGAGCAUUCAGGAUCAACCACUUUCUAUCAAAAUUAGCGGUGCUUUAUCAGUGAUCAUGUUUGUUGUGAGCGUCGUUAGUAGUCUCUGUUCAUUUUUGACCUUCCAAAACCAAAAGUCACGAACAGUCGGAUGUGGAUUAUAUUUUCUGACAUCAUCAGUUACUUCUUUUCUCACAAUCACCAUGUUCACAGUCAAGUUCUGGUUCGUUGUCGGUACACAAAUAAGUCCAUUUGUUCGUCAGUCUGCUCUUCAAGUUGGUUGUAAGUCGAUCGAAUGUCUUCUGAAAUUGUUCUUCUGCUGGGAUGCUUGGCUCAGUGCAUGUGCGGCAGUAGAACGUUCAGCGAGUGUUUACAAAGGAGUGCGUUUUGAUAAAGAGAAAAGUAAACGUUUCGCUCGAUGGAUCAUCUUCACCUUGCCAGUCUUGAUCAUGGGCUCGCUGAUUCAUGAACCAAUAUACCGUCAAAUAUCCAAACAUGAAACAAUGGAAAAAACAAAAAACAACGUAGGGAUAAUUCCUACAACGGAAAUCGUGACACAUAGUUAUGCCUGGUGUGUAACUACAUAUCCACAAUCAGUUCAAGAUUACAACACAGUCAUCCUAUUCGUUCAUCUUCUUGGUCCAUUUCUUACAAACCUCUUCUCUUCAGUAUUCAUCAUUAUUGCAAGUGCUCGCCGACGGGCUGAAGCUCAGAAUCGACAACCCUAUCGAGAACAUCUUCGUGAACAAUGGAGUGAACAUAAACAACUUGUUAUCAGUCCUCUAGUUUUACUUCUUCUAUCAACACCACGCCUUGUCAUUUCUUUGUUAUCUGGAUGCACAGAUGUUUCUCGUUAUGCAUGGUUGUAUAUUUCUGCUUAUUUCAUAUCGUUCACACCAUCGAUACUCAUAUUUGUUAUCUUUGUCCUUCCUUCGACUUCGUAUCGGAGUACUUUCAAACAGUCGCUUUUUCGACUUUGUAAAAGAUCAAGAUCAUAG